UGCGUAUACUAAUGUUAGGAAAGACACAGAUUGGUGACACAUUCUUACGACAUCGUUCCAUAAAGUAUAUAGGUCCUUCUGUUGUCUUAUCUACAAUGAGAUUUUCAAUACCGCUUUUGAUUCUCUACACCACAGUUAUAGAAGGAAUACAAAGUAACAUCGAAGAAUUGGAAGCCAAGUGUCGGGAAGGACCGAAUGCAGAUUAUGAACUGGAGCAAGAAGGGAAUACAUUCAUGUGCCUUGAAUGGUCUUUUUGGUCGGACACCUUUGACAAUGCUAAAAAUUACUGCCAAAUUAGCGGAACAAGGCUGGGUGUUUUCGAUACUUGGGAUAAAAUGAAAAUUUUACAGAGAAGAACCAGGCCUACCUGGAUUGGAUUAGAUGACAUACAAAUUGAAGGCAGGUAUCAAUGGCAUGAUGGUCAGGAAUUCAGAGAUCCAGCGCUUAGUGGCUUCUUUCAUAAAUAUGAGCCAAGUGAUAGCGAACGCGUUGAAGACUGCGUCAUCUUGUCAGGGAGCUUGCUCAACGAUGUACCGUGCACCUCGUCAUUUUUAUUCGUGUGUGAAAAAGUCUUGUAAUACAUGCAGAAAAGCUAUAAAUAGCAAGGUUUUUUUAGGUGUCUCCUCUGUACGCAAUAAAGGAAAUGCUGAUAAGC